AUAAGCUAAAUUAACAUAUUUGAAAGUCUUUGAGAGUCCAUGUCAUCUUGAUUAAACUCACACGACUAUCGAACUCUGACAUUUAGUUGUAUAAAAAAACUCAUAGGAUUUUGAAUCUUAAACGGGUACCUUGAUUGAGCACAUAACUUCUUAUUUUUCACGGACCUCAAUGACUACUAGGCCAACUCCGGAAAAGUUCUCAUAGAAACAAAAGGAGUGCUGAAAGUUAUUCGCUUGAGUCUCAACCGAUCGCCAAUGAAUGAAAACAAAAACAAGAAAGCUGUCUUAGAAACAGUACAGUCUUCAAAAUGAUCGCCAAUUAAUGAAAACAAAAACAAGAAAACUGUCUUAGAAACAGUACAAAGUCUUCAAAAUGCUUCUAAAGUUAAAGGUUGAUCUAAGAAGAAUGAUAGAACCAUUUCUGAACUUGAAAAAUCUAUGGAUUUUUCUGAUAAAGAUAUUGCAAUCUCUUUCAACUUCUAAGGCCAAAACCAUUUUCCAGGGUUAAAAAAUUUGGAGAGAAUCUAUAUAUAAUCUAGAUGACUCCAAGCUCAUCACUUUAUAAUAUUUUUCUAAAAGCAAGAUGAAAAAACUGGUUAUAAUAAUCAAAUGGGUUGUUUUUUUAAUAUGAAGAAUAAGAUUAGACCUUCCCAAAAAGGAGAUGAAGUUUAGAAAAAGGGGAAAAGAGCAAUACAUAAUAAAAUAUUUAUAAAGAUCUUUAUGUCAUUUUAUAAUGUUGUUUCAAAGAUGAUGAUGAUCACUAUAACUUGAACAGUAGAAAGGAUCGGAAGAACUAAAAAACGACGAGUUACUAUAUAAAUAUGGGGAAAUAUUAACUCGAUAUGUCAUAGAAAUCUGUAAGAGAGAGAGAACUGAGAUCCUUUGCAUAAUAUUUAGAGGCAUAAAUUAGAGAGAGAGGAAGAGCUAAGCUAAAGUUUUAGAAGAUAAUGAUGAUGAUGGGUGGCCAUUUUGGUUGGGGCAAAGUAGAGGAAGAGGGAUGGAGGAAAGGGCCUUGGACUGCUGAAGAAGACAGGCUGCUGAUUGAGUAUGUGAGAGUUCAUGGUGAAGGAAGGUGGAACUCUGUGGCUCACCUUGCAGGAUUGAAAAGGAAUGGCAAGAGUUGUAGGUUGAGAUGGGUAAACUACCUGAGGCCGGACCUAAAGAGAGGACAAAUAACCCCACAUGAAGAGAGCAUAAUUCAAGAGCUUCAUGCUAGAUGGGGAAACAGGUGGUCUACAAUUGCUAGAAGCUUGCCAGGAAGAACUGAUAAUGAAAUCAAGAAUUAUUGGAGGACCCAUUUCAAGAAAAAGGUAAAAGUACCUUCCAACUUCAGCGAAAAGCCAAAUACUCGCUUCCUAAGAAAGCAUCAAUAUCAACAGCAACAACAAAGACAACAACAAUAUCGGGAGCUCCUACUACGACAACAACAACAACGAGAACUCCUACAACAGCAGCAGCAACAACAACUGAACCAACAACUUCAUAUGAAAACAGAACAUGUAAAUAGUUCUCAGACUCAAACAAGGCAAGAAUCUUGUAUGGGCUUGAUGAGUAACUUCAAUUCCCAAAUAACUGACCAUCAUGACCAGCCAGGAAGCCUCCUGCUGUCUGUGCCCGAGGCAACUUCCAUGGAGGAAUUAUGGGAUGGGUUUCUGUGGAACUUUGAGGAUUUUCAAGGCAAUUUCACACUAAGUUCUGCAUUAGGCAAAGCUAAUGGACACAAUCUAGUCAAACCCUUUUGUUGACUUCUUGGAGUUGUCACUGUAAAAGUGCUGAAGAUAAAUCCAAAUCUUGCCUUAAACUUUAUUUUGUGAACUAUUAUUAUACUUUUAGGUAAUAAAAAGGGGAAGCAGAUUUGCUAUUGUCCAAAAGUUCAUUUAAGGCAUUAUUUUGCAGAUGUUUCUUUUGUUUUUUUAACAAAAUAUAUACAAAUAAAGGAGAUCUGAAUCUUGAAUAAGGAAAACUAAAAUCAACUAGAUUUUGCAAGUGACCACUAGUGAUAGUAAAAGUUGCUAAUCAACCUAUCACAUGAACUUUGUCCUUUCCAUAUUAGGAUAAGACGAUGCUGACUCUUUAAACAAUACAUUAAUAUUUUGACAUUAAUUAUCGACCAAAACUUGAUCAGGAUGGAAUCAAAAGAUAGAAACUGUUUUCACAUACGAAAUGAGUUGUCCGACAACUUGGGGAUACAUAGAAGUCAUGUCUUCAAUGGGACUUAGAAAUGAUGGUACUUUUACACCCACUUAUUAUUAGUUUAUGUUAUUGUCACUUCAUUUAAUUUUAGUGAUGUUUGACUUUUCUAUUUCUUAUCUUUAGUACAAAGGAAGUAUGUCAUGUUUUAUCACUAUGUUUUAGUAAGAGAACCUUAGAUUAGGAUAAGAAAGUGAUAUUAUUUGGAGCCUCAAGCUCUCAUUUUUAUAUGUAUUGUCUUUGUUCGAUUUUAAAGUCAAAUGUUCAAGUAUUUUUAUGGAGCUUUAUUAUGAUAAUUUUACAGGUUAAUUUGGUUGACUCUCUGUAAUUUAUAAACUGAUUAAUGGCCAAAUUUAAUUUAAUUUUGAGAAGGUAUUAAUGGUAGGAAUUGAAAGAGGAUUUAGAUGGAAAAAGAUCAUUGUGUCGUGGACGAAGCCACUACCUUGAAAGCAAUCUUGACAAAACCUCGAUGUUAUAUCGUGUGUUCGUCGAUUACUCCUCAAGAUUAACACAGGCGUGCAGAGUCGAAUGUAAUCGAAAAACAUGCUCAGAAAAGUUUCUUACUGUUUCAUAAGAACAAGUUUCUAUUUAUAUAAAAACAAUAUGCUAUUUUUGGUGGACUUAAAAAAUCGCAAAAA